AUGCGGUUUACAAACAUUUAUCUAGCGCCAACAUUAUCGAAGGCAACAAGACUUCAAUUAGGAAACAUAAAAACAGAGUAUGGCUAUGUAUCAACUGCAGCUGGAUCGCAAGAAAAAUGGGGCUUUCUCUUUAAAGCUAGAAAGUAUCCAUUGAUCAGUUGCGGUUAUUCAAUUUGUUUGAUCUGUCUUGCCAUUGGUGUUAUAGGAUCAUAUCAGCAAUACCGUGAUAUGGUGAUUAUGACGGAACAUAUUUCGUAUGAAGAUGUUCGGGACCGCUGUCUUACGCCAAUUCCUGGCUGGGCGCGUAUCCGAAAUGUUCAAAUAGCUAGCCCUCUUGGUCCGAUGACUUAUCGUGACCCCACUCCGCUUGAUUGGCUUCCAUUUGAGCUCAAGCUAGGUUACGUUAAACAGGCUUCUUACUAG